AUGACAUCGCCUGGUGCCUCGUCGCCCGAUACCAUCGUUUUCGACGGCAACGGAGAUCUCUGGCUGACUCCCCAGGAGCUCUGCAACACAUGCGUCUUGACCAACAAAUACGACAUGACCAAGACUCUGCAGCCUAUGGCGACAUCGUGGUAUCAAAGGCUCAAGAUUAUGUGUCAGCGUAGUAAGAAGAUGCAGGCAUACAGCAAGAACCUAUUCGUGGCUUGGGAGCUAGGGUGCCAGGGCGCAGUCGAGGAGAUGCUCCAGGAUAUCGCCGGAAAAUGGCACGUCGACGAGUUCGUCAGCUUGCUGAUCGUUAGAAAUACUCGGCUGAUCAACUUGGAAACUUUCAGACUGAUUCCUUUGAUCGAUCCAGUUGCUCAACACCGUGUCAAGAUGCUCCAAGUCUUCAAUGCAGGAGGCAAGGAGAUAGCAAUCGAGAUUCUCGCCAAACGCCCGCUCUGUUGGCAUACCGGCCCUUGCUCUGCUGUGAACCUCGCAGAUGACAUCCCCGAAAAGUUCAUCCAAGCGACACAAUACCUUGGGAUAGAUUGCUUCUUUAUACCCUCGUUGAACGCCGACCAGAUUAGAUAUCGAGGCAGUGUGUCAAGAUUGCAUCGCCUAUUUAAAGUAGUCGAAAAGCCUACAUUUGGAGAGCAUCGCCCUCACUACUGCCGUCAUAUGGAAGUGCUUGUUGGCCAAGCCUGCAAGAUUGAGAUGACGGCGCUUAUGGGUAGUGAUUACAAGGCCAUUCGAGAAGACGAAGGCAGUGAAGAUGACGAGAGCAGUGUUUUUCGGAGCCUCUUGGUUGAUGCUCGACACUAA